AUGCCUACAAUACUCUUGAUCGAUUGCUCGUUGGGUAUGGCUGAACGUUUUUCGUUUGUCGCUAAACAAGAAAAUAAUAUGGAAACUACGAUGAAUAUUGAAAAACGUAGUUUAGUAGCCAAACUGGUCGAAUCAUUGAUGACCAACACCAGCAGUCCUACUAAACUUGAAACAAUCGCUCUGGUAUUGUUUGCGGGCCAUGAUACAAUUAGAAUUGUGCAACAUUUUACUAAGAAUACUGAUGAUAUCAUAAAAUCGGUUCAAAAACUUCCAAUAUUUGGUGAUCUAUCGUUAAAAUCAGCUAUUGACUUUGCUAAGAAAUAUUUAACAACUACAUUUGGUGCCCAACGUUCACAAAAAAUUUUAGUUUUUACAGAUAGUUCACAUCGUGAAGAUGAUCCAAUCCAUGAAAAUACCUAUAAUAAUAAAGUUGACCAAAUGGAUGUAGAUUUACGUAAACAGACAACAAGUGAUGAACAAGAAAAAACAACACUGUCGAAUUCACCUACGGAUAUUUCAUAUGUAUGUAUUCGACAGCCAUCGAGUAUUGAUCGAGCACGACUAGAAGAUAUUACUGAACAAGCUCAAUGUUCUUUUUCGAAACUUUAUUGGUUGAUAAAUCGUGACAAAGAGAAUAAUAUAAUAGUAACUAAUGACAUGAUUCAGCAUGUUGUUACUGAGAUAAAAUCUGACUCGACGGAUGUAUUUAUUUCAAUUCUUAAAUGUGGUCAUUAUGAAUCUCAACUUGCUGUUUAUCCAAAAAUAAUACCCGCAAUAUUACAAACAACAGGCGAAUUACUUCAGCCGUCAAAUACAUUAACAGUAAAUGGUUUUAUUGAAUUAUCAUCCAUACGUAGUGCAAUGGCAACAUCAAAACAUAUACUUCUACCGAUUCAACGUUAUAUUCGACCACAACCAACUGUGCCAAUGUUUGCAACGAAAAAAUCUGCAGCAUCAACGGCGAGUGCAAAUUCUUUAGCUACUCAGAGAAAAUCAAAUACAGCAAAUAAUUUCUAUUAUCUUUUACUUAUAUCAUUAAAAAAAGAAAAAUCAGCUGCAUUAGUUUCCGUAAAUGAUCAAUGGUUUGGUGCGAUACAUUGCCAAAAAUUUGAACGAAAAAAGAAAUCUAGUCGGCUUAUUCUGUCUGUAUUUGAGCCAGGUGAUUGCAUUCCAUGGAUAUCUAGUUUUGAACGUCUCGGACCCUAUGCAGUAGUAUUUCCGCCGAUAAAUAAUGGUGAAUUAGUAUAUAAAAAACAACCUUGGCCAGUAAAACCAUUCCCGAGAAGUUAUACAGAAACAUUUUUAAUUUGGUGUCGACAUAAUAAUUUUCAAAAUGAUAUCAAUAAAUUUGCUCGUGCUUCAGCAAAACUACCUGAUAAAGUCAAUAUAUUCCAUCGAGAAUUAAAUAAAAUCUGUCGUGGUGCAUUUAUCUAUGGACUUCGUGAGCGAUUAUUUGUUUUAUUGCGACAAUUAUUUCAACAACAGAUACAAAUGGGUAAAAUAAAACCAGAAGGUGUAAAAUACGUUCAAAAUGUUAUUAUGUAUAUGAAUCGUCUUGGUACAUCAGAUCGUUAUAUUAAAUAUGAAGAAACUUCAACUUAA